GGUAAAUUUUGAAAUAUAACUUGUGGUCACGCUGUGCUCAUGAUUUGUUCGAUUGGAUUUUAUUAAUCAUUCAAUUGCGCGUUGCCGAUUUGUUGCAACAGCAUUAGCAACAACAACAAUAAGUGAACACGUCAAAAGCAAAAAGGAAAAAAGUUUUUGGCAGUUCUCGAAAAUACGGCGAAGAAGUAAAUAAGCUUAUCGGAGUCCUGUGCAAUUAACCAUUAAACGGAAAGUAUAAAAAAUGCAGCUACAGGCCAAAUAUUUGCUAUUAUGUCUGUUCGUUGGACUGUUUGCCUCAUAUCGUUGUCAAGCAGCAGGAGGGGAAGGAGCUGCCGCAUCAGCCACCACUGUAACAGUGCCGCCUGCCAAUGACAACACCACAACAACUGAGAAACCGAUUACAACUGUGACGCCGCCGAUAACAACUUCUACACCACCAGAAACAACCACGCCGGCAGCUAAUACAACAACAACUGAGGCCCCAAAAACAACAACGCCUGCAACAACCUCAACUGUGAAACCGGACAACUCUACUACUACAACAACAACUACAACCACAACAACACCAGCUACAACAACAACUCCAGCAUCGAACACGACAACUACAAGCACCACUCCGGCACCACCAUCGACCACUACCGCCAAGCCUGCUCCGGUGCCUUGUGGUCACUUUGAUGGUUCAUCGUUCAUCGGCGGCAUUGUUUUGACGCUGGGAUUGCUGGCCAUCGGCUUGGUGGCCUACAAAUUCUACAAGGCACGCAAUGAGCGCAAUUACCACACUCUUUGAGCCGCCACAGCAUUCACGUCGGCCUUCAAUGCAGCAGCCGGCGGUGGCGGCGUUGGCGGUGGUUUGUCAUCAUCAUCGGCUGGCAACAAUGCCAAUGCCACGGAUGCCGAACGUGUGCGUUUUGUUCAGCCAUCAAUACCGCUGCGAUCGCCGCCAGCACAGCCACCACCACCACCUCCAACGGCUCAACAUUUAGUCGGUCAGGCAUCGCACUCGAAUGUGGCUAAUUCACCAUCGGCCAGAGAUCGGCUGCUGCUGCAUACGUAAUUUAUCUCGGGGGAAAUACACAACAAAUCAACAACAACAACAAAAUUAGCUAUCCAAAGAGCCCCGAUUAAUCUCUAUAAAAAAAAUCUUCAAAAACAUACUUUAAGACCUUCACUACUCCCACUCUCAACAAAAAAAAAGAAACCAUAAAAAGUAGAAGAAAAAAUACAAACCCCUCUCUCAAGAAGAAAACAAAGUCGGUUCUUCACCUGAAAUCGAAUCGAAAAAGAGUCCGAUGAAUCAGCUGGCUCCGUAUUCUUCCCUGUAUCAGCAAUUAUAUAUAUACUAUAUACAAACACACAUAAAUAUAUACAUAUUAAUAUAUUAAAUAUUAUACACAUUUCGAAUGGCUUUUAUGAAUCACAUGAAUCGCGAAUCAAGUUGAGUUUCGUCUGAGCUUUAUCAGCGAAUGUAAAGCGGAUGUUCAACGCCUUAAAAAGUACUAUAUAUAUGCCCUUAAGCUUGGCCAUGAAGAUAAAAAACAACAACAAUUAAUAAGCAUAACAAUUAAAAUAAUAUAUAUGUAUAAUUGAAUUGAACGUUAAGAGUAUAAAUCGCACACUACACAAACAAUAACAGCAAAUAUGUGAGACUGUAUGGGGAAUAUAUACUUUUGGGAUCUCCCCGAAUAAUGUUUCGAUCGGAUCUCAAAAGUUAGGUGAAGCAUGUUAAGUAAAUCGGAGAAAACACACAGUGUUUAUCUAUAUAUUCAUUUGCUAAAGCGGCGAGCAGAUAUAAAUUUUGAUUGUAUUUACAAAACAAUUAAAAAACAAAAUGAGAAAAUUAUAAUAACUAUACUAAAGAAGAAAUGCUAAAAUGAAAAUAAGUAAAGAGAAUGUCACUCAUAGGGAUGUAAGCAAGCAUAUUUGUAAAUCGGUUCGAACCGAAUUAAAUUGCGUUCUCUGUUUUUUGUUUUCGUUUUUAUCUAUUCCUAUUUGCAUUUCGAAUAUCACAUUAAAUGCUGAUUACUUUUGCUGAUAUAAUUGCACCAAAACACAACACAACCCAACACAAACAUACCUAUACAUGUACUAUAUUAUAUAUCUAAGCGUGUCCGUGUCUUACUAAAUAAUCGAUAGCGCAACAACGCCUGACACGGCAUCGUAACUUGGAAUAUAUUAUAAAUGGAAGAGGAGCAGUUCCCCCUCACCCCUUACUCCCUGUGAGCACAUACACUGAUAUCAGCGGGUCCAUUUUGGAACCGAAAACAUAUUGAGAGAGAGAAAGAAAAAGAGCGAAAAAGUUAUACUAUAAAAUGUACAAUAUGCGAUUGUUGAAUAUUUGAUAUUUUUGAACGUGAACAACACAUAUGAAUCAUCCUUAAAAUGCAUCCAAGCUACCAGUUUUCCCUUCCCCAAUCCGCACUUAUUGUUAGACCUCUCCUAUUCCUCAGCACCAACUAAUUAAUCUCAUUACCAAAUCUCUUUAUAUACAAAUAUAUAUAUUUACCCUAUAGGCUUAAAUAUCAACUUAUGUAUGUAUGCAGUAAAACUCAACCGGCUUAUUCAAAAACAAAUACCUUACUAUGUAUGUAUGUAUAUCGUGUACGAUAAUAAAUAUUUUAACAAUUA